AUGGUUAAGUCAUGGUUAUUGAACUCUAUAUCUCCUCAGAUAUAUCGCAGUAUCUUAAGAUUGAACGAUGCUUCAGAUAUAUGGCGUGAUCUCCAUGGGCGUUUCCAUCUCACCAAUCUCUCACGCACGUUCAACCUCACUCAAGAGAUACAAGAUUUGCGCCAAGGAACGAUGUCUCUCUCAGAGUAUUACACAACUUUGAAAACUCUUUGGGAUAAUCUUGAGGGUGCAUAUGAACCUGAUAAACCUUUUGUUUGUGGUAAUGCGGCUAGCAUUCAAUUGAAAGCAGACAGAGCUAAGAUUGUUAAGUUCUUGGCUGGAUUGAAUGAGUCUUACAACAUCAUUCGACGACAGAUAAUCAUGAAGAAAGUUCUCCCAUCCCUUGAUGAGAUAUAUAACAUUCUUGAUCAAGACGACAGCCAGAAAGGAUUCUCAACCACAGUACCAUCUCCAACGGCUUUUCAAGUUUCUAAGACUAACUUGACUGAGCAAAGCAUCUCAUAUGUUCAGAAUGGUCCCAACAAAGGUCAUCCUAUCUGUUCCUUUUCUAAAAGAGUGGGGCACAUAGCAGAGAGAUGUUACAAGAAACAUGGUUUUGCUCUUGGAUUUGUCUCAAAAUACAAAGGCAAUGAGAGACCUUCUUCAACUCCUAAAGUCGCAGCUCAAGUUGCUCUAUCUCCUCUGGUGAAUGCAGAGUCAAAGAAUUUGACAGUUGAGAACAUGAUUGGAAAUCUAAGCAAAGAUCAGAUUCAACAAUUCAUUGCCUUGUUCAGUUCUCAACUUCAAUCAAACUCCACCUAUGCUCCUAAUGAACCAAGCACCUCUGGUAUCAAUUUCUCUCUUUCCACACAAUUCUUUGUUGGUAUUCUGAUGGUUUCUCAAAACACUAUGUCAUCUCAGACGUGGGUUGAGAGUUUUGUGAAUUUACCAACAGGAAUCACUAUUAAGAUCAGUGGUGUGGGGAAGAUUCAACUCAAAAAACAUAUUUGUCUCAACAAUGUGUUGUUUAUUCCUGAAUUCAGAUUGAAUCUACUCAGUAUCAGCUCUCUGACUUCUGAUAUUAGAUCUCGUGUGAUAUUUGAUCCUUCUUCUUAUACUUUCCAGGAUCCUACCAGGGUGUUGACGAUUGGUCAGGGUAGACGUAUUGGAAACCUUUAUGUGUUGGAUACAACUGCUCCUCAUGUCUCAGUUAAUGCAGUUGUUGAUCAUGGAGUCUGGCACAUGAGGUUAGGUCACCCUUCUUAUCACAGAUUGGAUGUCAUCUCUGAAGCGUUGGGGAAAGGGAUUAAGGCUUUUCAUUUUUGUCCAGAGACUCCAAAACAAAACUCAGUGGUUGAGCGUAAACAUCAGCACAUUCUCAACGUUGCUAGUGCCAUCAUGUUUCAGUCUCAUUUACCAUUACCGUUCUGGGGUGAGAGCGUCUUGACAGCAGUGUUUCUGAUCAAUAGGACUCCUUCUCAAGUUCUACAGAACAAGACACCGCAUGAAAUCUUAACGGGUAAAGCUCCAGAUUACUCACAGAUCAAGACGUUGGAUGCUUAUGUUACGCCUCAACUUCACCAAAACAGAGACAUAAGUUUCAACCUCGUUCUAAAGCUUGUCUUCAUUGGAUAUCCCUCAGGAUUUAAGGGUUACAAGCUCCUGGAUUUGGAAAGUAAUAGAACUUUUAUCACCAGAAAUGUGACAUUCCAUGAGGAUAUAUUCCCAUUGAAGAAAGACUCUACAUCUGAGAAGUAUUUGAAGAGCUUCACAUCGAUAGACUCUCAGCUCUCAGGUACCACUCAUUCAUCAUCACCUCAUAUCAUUCCACCACCCGCUACAUCUCUUUCAUCACCACUCAAAUCAACUUCUACUCCUUCCAUUCCUAUCAUUCCACCAGAAAUUUCUCCAUCUCGUCCUCGUAAACAACCUGCUCAUUUACAAGACUAUUACUGUAACUCUCUCACUGAUGAUACAGCUCACCCAAUUUCAGACUUUCUUUCAUACUCUAAACUCACUCCAUAUCAUCUUGCUUAUAUAAAUAUCAUCACCAAAAUACCUAUCCCUACUUCGUAUGCUGAAGCUUGA